ACUACUUUAGGAAUAAAAUUUAUCUCUACCCUAGAGCCAUACAAUUAUUAAAUAUUUAAUUCUUUAAUUAGUGAUCUUAUGUGAUUUUGUGAAAAUUUUAUAAAUCUUUAUAUUAAUCUGAUAAUAGGAUUGUUAACACUUAUGAGUUGUGUUUAGAUGAAAUGUCUUGGUUAGAAAAUAUGGCUACAACAAAUCAACAAUAUAGCGAGAAUAUUUUUGAAAAUCCAUCAGUAUCGCUGACAUCGUCUUCUUCCGAAUUGAAUAUUCAGAAUACUUACUUUCAUGGAAAUCGCGAGUCUUCGUUCACUCAUGGAUACGUUUGGAACAAUUUUUCAAAUCCUUGCAAUAUUUCAACAUCAGUUAACGCAUUAAAUGAAAUCAAUCUGUCGUCGUUUUGUGCCACAAACAUUCAACAUUCUAACACAAAUCGAAAUUGCCGAAUAUACAGAAGAUGGCAGCAAUACUUGCAUCAAAAGUCCAGUAUCGAUGAAAAGGAUACAAUAGAUGGAAAAGUAAACGUAAAUUCUAUGGAACAAUCUUUAGAUUUUGUUUGCGAAAAAACUCAAGAUCGUCAAAUUUCUACGACCACGAAAAUAUUUCACGCUUGGGAGAUUCCACCGUGUCAAAACUCCGAGCAAAAUACUGAGAAUGAACAAAAAUAUUAUUUAUGGAGCAACAAUUCCUUUGAGAAAGAGAUGUGCUCUAUAGAACAAGAACGUGAGACAAAUAAGAGAUUAACUAGCGAUAAACCUCGUAAAGAAAGAACUGCAUUUACGAAACACCAAGUUCGACACCUUGAAUACGAGUUUGCGCAUAGUAAUUACCUUACACGUUUACGUCGCUAUGAAAUAGCAGUUGCUCUAGAUUUAACAGAACGUCAGGUAAAAGUAUGGUUUCAAAAUAGACGCAUGAAGUGGAAGAGGACAAAAGCAGGAUUAAUAAAUGAAUCGGAAAAGUUUAAUGUAUCUUGA